AUGGCUUCAACAUUUUCAGUUGAGAAGGCUAGGGCUCAGUUCCCAGCUCUGGCAAAAGACCAGAUUUUUGGCGACAACGCUGGUGGAAGUCAAGUUCUUGGGAGUGUCGCAAAGAGCAUCUCGGAAUACCUCGUGAACAACAACGUGCAACUGGGAGCGAGCUACAAAACAUCCAAGAUCUCAACGCAAACAUUCGACAAGGCGUACAAAGCUGCCGCCGAUUACAUUAAUGCUGAUGUCGGUGAAAUUGUCAUUGCACCUUCAACAACUCAAGCUUUCCGUAACCUUGCAGCCGCUCUCAAGUUGAAGGCCGGUGAUGAAGUUAUUCUUUCCGAAGUUGACCAUGAGUCUAACAUUGACCCAUGGCUCCACUACGCAACUCUCGCCGGCGCAACGGUGAAGUGGUGGGCACCUUCUGAUAACUCAAACCCAAAGCUCGAUGUGGCGACACUCCGGAGUCUCUUGACGCCGAAGACUCGUUUUGUGGCCUGCACACACGCCAGUAAUAUCCUGGGAAGCAUUCAUGAUAUCAAGGCAUUUGCAGAUGUCGUCCAUGAAGUCCCGGGGGCCCUGCUCUGUGUUGACGGCGUUGCUUAUGCGCCACACCGUGCGAUUGACGUAAAGGAGAUUGGAGCUGAUUUCUAUGCCUUUUCUUGGUACAAGGUGUACGGUCCGCACAUAUCUUUGCUGUACGGAUCCUUCAAGGCACAGGAGCAGCUGCAGUCACUUGGACACUACUUUAAUCCGUCUGGAACUUUGAUGGACAAGCUUGAGCUGGCUGCGGCUAGCUAUGAGCUCACACAGGCGAUCAUGCCGCUGGUGGAAUAUUUCGGAGAAAACCCGAAGCAGACCUGGGCUGAGAUUGCUCGACAUGAAGAGGUCUUGCAAAAGCAUCUCCUCGAGUUUCUGAAGUCACGGCCUGACGUCUCUAUUCGAGGCGACGCAUCCCCUGCAGCCUCAACCCGUGUUCCCACCGUGAGUUUUACCGUAAAGGGAAAAUCGUCUCAAAGCGUCGUAGAGGGAGUUGAGGCUCAAUCCAUCGCUGGGAUUCGAUGGGGUCAUUUCUUCUCAAAGCGGCUGGCCGAGGAGAUUCUCGGUCUCGGCGAAGAUGGCGUUGUCAGAGUGAGUUUGGUGCAUUACAACACCGUGGAGGAGGUUGAUGUGAUCAUUGAGGCUCUAAAGAAGGUUUUGGGAACUUCAUGA